AUGGACAGAGGUUUCAAACUCGGUAUUGAGCUUGAAGUGCUUCUGACUCCCAAGUACUCGACCAGGUCAUUUUCAGAUUUGGAAGACUUCGCCAAUUUCUUCGUCACAGACCUCAACUCCAGGCUCCCCCCAGGUGUUCGAAUCCAUUCAGAUGUUGAUGGCCUUUACGAGGGCCCGGACGACUACCGCGAGUGGUCAAAUUCACGCCUUCGAAACCGCAAGAUGGAAAAGUGCUUCGAGCUAGUUGACCGAUGCAAUCACCAAGCUGAGAUCGCCGACCUUACGAAUGACGGUGGCAACCGGCGAUUUGCGUGGAACUUCACCAAUCUGUAUCACGGCGGCAAGUCGACUGUCGAGUUUCGCCAAGCACCUCCUGCGGCCGAGCCUACAAUGUGUCUGGCAUGGGCAGAGUUUGUGGUGGCGUUUGUGCAUGCUGCGAAGGAACUUCGAGGGGUUUCCAGUCUUAAACGAUAUACUCGAGAUGCCCAUGGUUUGAAAAGAUUUCUCACCCACCACGCCCCUCCUGGGUUUACUGCUCGCAACUUGAAGAAUCUUUUCGUAGGGAAAUUUGGUCAUCGAGUUCCACGGCCUCUUCCGACCCUUACAACCGGACAACGAGACGUUCUGGAAAGGAAAGACGCGGAGGCAAGAAGGAAAGAUUUGGUGAUGAAGAAACUCACUCGUUUGUUGUCUGAGUGA